AUGGCAUUUUUAUGUGUGCGACGGCACUAAGAUUUUCAACCAUCAACGGUCAUUCUCUCUUUUUUAAGAGACAAUCUAACAAGACUGCGAAAACGCGUUAUAUUUAAUAUACCUAAUUCAAACAACUCUCAAGGCGUGUUUCUUAACAAACUUUUUAUAACUACAUAAACAAACGAUCCAACGUUUUUUACGAUACUUUUAAAAGAGACAAAUAUCAAUUGCUCUUAUCCUCAACCAAUCCGAACCGAACAAUACUCACCACAUAUUUUCAUUAUAUCUUGUUCUUAACAACCUCUUUUUCUCCAACCAUUCCCUCACUUCCCAUUCAUUUUUUUUUUGUCUCUUCUUUAAAUUUAAACCUCAUUUCAUUUCCCCACCUUUCUCUUCCUCACUCCACAAAGUUCAAUUCUUUUUUAUAUUUCUUUAAUUAUAAAACCCUACUAAAUCUACAGCUAUAGCCCGUGUUCUUCUUUUUUUUUUUCAAUCACGCACGCCAAGUGUUUGAUAUAUGGAUCCUGCGGAGCUAAAACGGGUGUUUCAAAUGUUCGACAGAAAUGGCGAUGGCCGAAUCACCAAAAAGGAGUUGAGUGACUCGUUAGAAAACUUGGGAAUCUUCAUCCCUGAUAAGGACUUGAUCCAAAUGAUCGAUAAGAUCGAUGUGAACGGCGACGGCUACGUGGAUAUCGACGAGUUCGGGGCGUUGUAUCGGACGAUAAUGGACGAGAGAGACGAGGAGGAGGACAUGAGGGAAGCUUUCAACGUGUUUGAUCAAAACGGAGAUGGGUUCAUAACGGUGGAGGAGUUGAGGUCGGUUUUGUCUUCCUUGGGGCUCAAGCAAGGGAGGACAAUAGAAGAUUGUAAGAGAAUGAUAAAGAAAGUGGACGUUGAUGGCGAUGGCAAAGUAAACUUUAAAGAGUUUAAACAAAUGAUGAAAGGUGGUGGUUUUGCUGCCUUAACUUAAAAAGAAGAACCAAACAAAAGGGUAUGAGAAACCCUUCAUUGAUUUCUGGUUUUUAACUCUAUGUCUAUUUAUAUAUAUACAUACACAUACACAUAUAUAGAACUACCUUGUUUGAUUUAUGAGAGGAUAGGUUAUGAUUAUUGAUAAGAAGAAGAAAAAGUUGUGUUAUCUUAUAUCAACCAUGAGGAAAAUUUACUUGUUUACAACAAGUUUAUUCCCACAGAGUCUGUGUGUGUUUUUUCUUUUAGAGAUGUUUGGAUUUUCUUCAUGUGUUAGAUUGUGUAUAUAUAUAGAGAGACAAUGGCUCUCGAAUGAGUUUUUUUUUCUCUGAAUUCAGCUAUUGUUUAGCCGACGUGAAACUUUGCUUUAGGGACUCUCUGUUCAUGGACUCUUUCGAUAUUGUAUUGAAUUCUGGCUCAGAAUUAGAGAAUACGAGGCAAUGACAAGAUCUGGUGUA